CUCGUGUACAUGCCACUGCCAGUUCUCCACCACCCGCAUCCGUAUGCCCACGUGCAACACCUCGUGGACCUCCCCGAGUCUCGCUACACCCCCCCGGCGCCCCCUGGGUUUGACGAAGACUUGGAAACAUUCCAACGGCCAUCGUCCGUCGAAUAUGGGCGCCAGCUCAAAGCCAUGCUGUUUACCCUCGAUCCGUCCAUCAUCCCCCUCAAUCACGGUAGUUUUGGGGCGUGCCCAAAGCCCGUUCGCGCUGUGCGGGAAGCAUACAUGAACCUGCAAGAAUUUGAACCUGUCAAGUACAUGGAUGAACUUGCCCCUCGCCUUGCUCGAGUGGCCCGUGUAGUUGCCGCGUACGUCCAUGCCCAACCCAACCAGAUUAUGCUCGUACCCAACGCUUCCUCGGGCACAACCUGUGUGUUGAGGUCGUUUCCUUUCCCCCUCGGGAGUACCAUUCUGUCGUUCAACCUUGGCUACCCUGCCGUCACCCAGCAAAUGAAACAAGCUUGCGGGGGACUCAAACAGCAUGUGAUUCAAGUCGCCCCACCAUUUACAGCGGCCAAAGUCGUCCAUGCGUUUCUUCAAGCCCUGGAAACCUUUGUCAACGAUGUCAUUGGCCUCGUGGUGGUGGACCACAUUACAAGCGAGAGUGGAUUAGUUCUGCCCAUUCAAGACAUUGUUGGGCUGUGCAAAGCCCGUGACAUCCCCGUGCUUGUGGAUGGCGCCCACGCAAUCGGUCAAAUUCCGCUCAAUUUGGGCGAACUACAACCCGACUUUUACGUGUCCAACUUUCACAAGUGGAUGCUGGCCCCCAAGUCGGCUGCCUUUUUGUACAUUCGCGAGCCUGAAAAGUACACUGUCCACCCCACGGUGAUCAGCCAUGGGCACACCAAAGGCACAAGCGCUGCGUUUGGUUUUGUUGGCACGAUGGACUACUCUGCGUAUUUGUCGAUUCCAGCAAGCAUUGCCUUUCACACGAAGAUGGGUGGCGCUGAUUUGAUGGCUCGCAACCACUCGUUGUGCGUGGCGUCUGCCCUUCGAUUGGCCAAAGCUUGGGACACGUCGCUCUUGACGGAGGAAGUGGACUCGAUGAUUGGGAGCAUUUGUGUGGUGAUGUUGCCGCUAGCCUUGUUUCAUGACCAAACCGACAUGGCCAACGAAUUGGAAACGCUCCAUCUUGUGCUUCGACAGCACUAUCGCAUUGAAGUCAAGACAGCACUCGUGGACAGCGUGGUGGGCGUGCGCAUCAGCAGCCAAAUGUACAACGACCAAGCCGACUACAAUCAAUUGGAAGUUGCCGUACUGGACAUUUUGACACGAGAUGCCACCGACUUGGCGUUGUAGAAUGCAACCUCGACUUACCAUAAUGUGGAGUUCAAAGGAUUUGAGCCGCGUUGCUUUCAAAUUUGACAUUAUUGCUGUUAAUUCUACGAUUACAAAAAUUUAGUGAGAUUAACAGCCGCUAAUUUUGCAACUUGAA